CACCCAGCUUGUCCCAGUUUGCUGAUGUCGCUACGAAUAGACGAGGAUAACGCAACCCGUUCCGUUCAAAAUGGCAUCCAGACCUCCCAUGAUGGCGCCUCAUAAUGAGACGGAGCACUCCGUCAUUCGAAUCACGCGCGAGGGAAAGCAGCUCACCUACAAGUUGAGUGUGAUGCAACAACCCGAGCGUGCCAGAGCUUGCGGUGCUGGAGCCAAGUCAUCUGCCGAUCGUCGCCCGGUCGACCCUCCGCCCGUGGUUGAAUUGCGAAUCUUCGAAUCAGAGCCCGGUAACGAGGCACAGAAAACCGAUAUCACCUUCGCCUACAAUGCCAAUUUCUUCCUCUACGCAACCUUGGAAACCGCGCGCCCUAUCGCUCAUGGGCGGGUGUCCGGACCGCCGUCGUGUCCCGUAUUAACAGGUGUGCCCGUUGCGGGUGUGGCAUAUCUUGACCGUCCUACACAAGCAGGUUACUUCAUCUUCCCUGAUUUGUCGGUGCGCCACGAGGGUCGAUAUCGCUUGAAUUUCCAUCUAUACGAAGAGAUCAAGGACGCCAAGGAUGUUGACAAGGACUCGAAUUUGCCAAUCCCGAACCAAAUAACUCGCCCGACCACGAACAAGCCCGGAUCCCCCCAGGCAUUCCUUCACUUCCGCCUCGAGGUGAAGUCCGUACCAUUCACCGUUUACAGUGCGAAGAAGUUCCCCGGCCUGGCCACCAGCACCUCCCUAAGUCGCAUUAUCGCCGAGCAGGGUUGCCGUGUUCGCAUUCGUCGCGAUGUUCGGAUGCGACGUCGGGGUGAAAAGCGCGAGGAGGACUACGACUAUGACGAGGAGAGAGCAGCCAUGUACGCACGUUCCGAACGGUACUCAACGCCGGAUCGCUAUGUCGCAUCCGCGGUGGAGCGUCCCCGGUCAAACAGCAACGGGAGUACGAUGCAAUCGCCAUAUGGAUUCCCACCAGAGAUUCAGAGGCGGCCUUCGGCACCAGACUACGGAUUCCAGUGCCCGCAGCCAUACGAACGAUCUAUACCACCUGCUCCUAUGGCCCACUCCCAAACCCCCUCCUAUCAAUCCCACCUCUCCUUCGGCUCAACGCCUAGUCAUUACCCUUCCGCCCACAUGCCUCCUACUCCGCCACCGGUUGCAACGCCCGGUAUGUACUCACCUCAUUCCUCCUAUGCCAAAAUUCGGCACCCAUCAAACGCCUCUGAGUACGACGUCUCGCCUGCUGGGUAUCCCAUGGCACCACCGAUGGCAGAGCGGACCGAUGGUUAUCCGAAGAAUCCUAUGACAUCCUAUCGCAUGGAAGCAUCCAAGCCACAGCCAUACCUAGACCCGCGUAUCCCCGAUCCGACUCCCUACCAACAGAUGCCGCCAAAUAUGGUGCCCCGCGCGGAGACACCAGGGUUGGUCCACCCUCUGCCAUCUCUCAAGGCUCUUUCCAGCGAAUACGUGCAACCGACCAUCGAGUGUGUUUCUCCAAGUCCCGGCUACGAUUCCGUUUCUGGCAAACGGAUGCUCUACCAGACCGGUCCCACUGCCGUUGGCAAGCGCACUCACGAGGAUUCAUUCGGUCUUGAUGAACGCUCGAUGCAGAACGGCAUGCGCCCUGAUACUCAGUCCUACAACAGUGCUUACCGCGACUUCUCUGCUGAGAGCCGUGCUGCAUUGAUGGCCGAAGCCGGUGUUGGGAUGGCAUACAAGCGUGCGAACGGACGGAUGGUCAUGAAAGUUACCCCGGGAACGCAAUGA